AUGAAGCUUUUGGUGAUCCUUCCUGUCGUCUGCUUCCUCAUCGUCUUGAAUGCUGCGCACGUGGAGUCGAAGAGUCGGUUUAUGUACCAGAUGCUCGUGUUCGGAGAUUCAUAUGCUGACACUGGGAACAUCCCAAAAUCAGACCUCAGUCCGGAAUCACGCCAAUGGUACAGCCCCUACGGCGGCAGACGUCAUCCAAGCGGCCGCUUGUCAAACGGAAAGGUUCAAUCUGAUUUCAUCGCGAUGUUACUGGGGCGUAGUGAAGGCCCUCCGACGUACAGGCUCAGGAGUCGCUAUGUCGACAUGUUUGGCAUGAACUUCGCCUUCAGUGGCUCCGGCGUGUUUGAGGUGCCGCAGAAGGUACCGACUCUCAGCGAGCAGGUCGACUACGUCGAGAUACUGAUAAAGGAAGGUGCCAUCAAGGACUGGCGACUCAAGGACACCGUCGCGCUGGUGGCCAUCUCCGGCAACGACUACGUCCACAUCGCCAACAUGAGCUCCUCCAACGAAACUAUCGCUCUCGUCGGGAACGUGACGACCGAGAUCGCCAAGGAGGUAAAGCGGCUGCAAGAUCUCGGGGUGCCCAAGAUCCUUGUCAACAACCUGCAUCCGCUAGGCUGCACGCCGAGGCAUUCCAGGCCGAGCAACUACGCCCGCUGCGACGACCGCGCCAACAUGGUCGCGUCCAUGCACAACAAGAAUCUCGCAGAGAAGCUGGGUUCUGACCAUGAAAAUGUCAUGCUACUCGACCUGAACACUGCAUUCUCCAAGCUCGUCCAGCCCAGCCCCGACGCAGCAAAGAAUCCAUCUGACGACAAUCUGGCGAAGACGUUCACGAAUAAGCUGAGGCCGAGCUGCGAGAGCUAUGACCCCAAGGGGUACUGCGGGCAGGAGGACGAGAAUGACCAUCCUCAGUAUAGCCUCAGCGACCUCGAUGACGACCCUUUCGGGAACUUCUACUGGGAUGAUGUACACCCCACCCAUACCGGCUGGUACUUCGUCAUGAUGCAGAUGCAAGAGUAUAUCAAGGAUUUCCUAGAUAUUUAA